UAUUGCAGGAAUAAGGUCUUACUACUAAACAUAUUCUAACAUGAUAACCUGAGAGCAGGUGAUAUGGAGAGUUUCUAUCCCCUGAAAUCACUGUAUGAGUCCUACUGUCAUCGACAAAACGCAUGCGCCGUCCAUCUGGAAAAGUUCUUCCACAAGACACUGGAUAUCCCCAACGUUGGAGCAGAGGAUCUGUUGGCCGAGCUGGAAAUGCUGAGGUCCAGCGAGUGCCGCAACCUUGAUCGGAUCAGAGCAGUAUACGAAUGCUUGAAUGGUAUGAUCAAGAAACUGUCUCCAAUAUCUGCUGAUCUUAUCCGAAAACGGUUCUCCGAUAGCCCUCUCGUCUACGUUGAUACACGCUGGUAUACCAUCUCCCAGUGUCUAUGGUCGACUAGGAUCUCUAUCCUGGGUAAAGCUGUGCUUGAGGAGUCCCUUUACAGUCUCAAGUCGUUCUUUGUCGAUUUUCUCCAUGUAGAAAGCCUAACAUUGCAGAUGCUGGUAGACCGACUCCGAGACUGCCGGGUCUUCCCCGUCCGGUAUCCCGACGGUCAGGUAAGGUUGGAAACGAUGAAUACACCAUUCGUGAUCGCAGACCGCAAACGCCUGUUCACCCUGUUUAGUCCAGUGGCCAGGAUUCUCGACUUUAACGUUGAUGAAGUCGUGCAGCUUAGCUAUUUCCUCUACCGGGUAGGGUUGAGUAAAGAAUACAUGUCGCAGCAAGUGGAAGAGAUCACAGCCCUAAAGAAAGGAGAUGCUGGUCGGCCGUUGUCAGAUCUUACUCUUGAUAUCCGCUCCAAGGCACAUGGACUGCUCCGUCUUGCUGUCCACUUUCAAAGUCCGCGAGCAUUGCACGACAAGGAGGCCCUGUACAGGACGCUUAGGACCAUUGAAAUCAGAGAGACAGACAAAAUCUCAUCCAAAAUAACUCUAUACCAGAUUGGAAACGAGGCAACGGUCGAGGUUGUACCUGGUGAACUACACCUUGACAAUAAUGACGGAAGACUCACGGUGUAUGUGACAAAGGACCAGCCCUCACGAGACAUUUGCUUUCUGGACCGCGUCCCCCAGGUUCUUAUGGAAUGGAUAAUGGUGGAGCCAUUGAACGUUCAGCAUGAUGGAUUGGAGAUUUAAUUGGUGCAGAUGGUUCUACAGUCGCCCAUCCAGUACAUCUCGGCCAUUCUAGACAGGGCUGGUAUUGUAUCCGUGACAAUAGUGACUGGGGAGGAUGGUGAUGGAUAGUCCCGUU